AAAUUCACAUACCUCAUCUUGUAACUUACUUUUUUUUAAGGUGAACUCAUCAUGUAACUUCAAACCCUCGUAUAAAAGCGACGGUGAUUGUUCCCUUCCCGCUCAACCCUCGUUUCAAAAAUUCAGAUCCAACAAUAAUAAUAACCGUAACCGAACGCCAAGUCCAAAUCCAGAUCUAUUCGCAUUUACUGCGAUACUGAUGAGAAGAGAAGAAAAAUCAUGGAUUCCAUUUCUAACAUCCCACUCUUAGAAAUCACAGCCGAAGACGAUUCCCUACUCUUAGAUGCUUCCACCGCCGGAGGCGACUCUGCCGUCUCCUCCGCCGCCGCCGCCGCGUCCACCGUCUUUUCCUGCUCUCCUCUAAUAUCUGUCCGAUCUCUCCCUCGAACAAAUGGUAGGGUUGGUGACGUGAACUCCGAAAACGCCAGUGCCGCGACGCAGAAAGACAGUAAGAACAACAAAGAGAACGUGAUUUGGAACAACAAACCGGAAGCGGCGAAGCUCAGCAUGGAGCCUCAGCAGAUGAAGAGGAAGAAGAAAGAAGGAGGCUAUAAUUUGCGAAAAAGCUUGGCGUGGAAUCGUGCUUUCUUCGAGGAAGAAGGUGUUUUGAACCCGUUGGAACUUUCUAUGAUUAGUGGCACUGCCACUCCUAAGAGGCCUAACACGGUGUUGAAAGCUAUCAACGAGGAAGAGCCAGCUAGUGCCUCUAUAGCACUUAAGGAAAUUGAAGAUAAUUUGUUUAAGCAAUCCUCGGAAGGUGUUGUUUGCACUGAAAAUAGAAGCGUUGGUGUUGCUGCUUUUCUAUCUCCCAAAUCUGGAGCAUCAACCAAGGUUAAAGCCUUUGCUUCUGUGGCUAAGCGGAAGGUGCUUGCAAACAAUGAUACUGUUGUGAAUAGACCUAAACGAAACGUGUGUCUCCGGCCAGCAGCUUCAUCUUCACUGAAAAGACCUGAACCAGUGAAGGCAACAAAUAGGGAAUCAAAAGCCACUAAUAUUGAUCCAAAAUCCAAUGCACCGGGGGUUACAAAUACGCCCAGGAGAGGAACGUUGAGCACAAGUUUACCUAAGAGAAAUCACAAUGCACAUCCGGCUACUAAUAUCCAAAAGUAUGCUGGAGCAAAAGGCUUGUCAAAAAACCCUAGAAUUGUGCCAUUGCCAAAUAAGCCAAAAGUUGAUCAGGCUGAUAAAUGUUCAAUUUCCAGAACUGUCAACAAGGAAGCUAGAAAGCAUUUGUUUUUUGAACAUGCACAGGAUAGCUCAAUCUCAGAAAAAUCUGUACCAUCUGGACAGCAUCAAUCAGGAUCUAGAGGACCUAAUGUUUCAGAAGCUUGUGUCCCACAAGUUAUUUUGGAGAUUAAUGAGAAAAAACAAGCGAGACAGUUUCAGACAACAAAACCUUCAGGCCUAAGGAUGCCAUCUCCCUCAUUGGGAUUCUUUUCUCAGGCCAAACCUUCCAAUUCACACAGCCAAUUACAGAAAAGCUCUAUACCUUGCAAACCUGAAGAGAAUAAUUUUCCCAAAUUAAGGAAGUUGGAAAGACAUUGUAUGGAUGAGGCAAGACUCCCACAAGUAUCUAGUAAAGGGUCUGACACUGUUGAAAACACAAUAAAUAACUGCAGUGAGAAAUUCAGUUUGCCAGAUGUAAGGUCAGAAGCAAGCACUGAAGUAAAUAGUAAUCGUUUAACAGCAUCAGUAGUGGAAAGUCAUUCAUUUGGCCCUGGAAAUAUAAGUGAGCAAGAAAUGGUUGAAAACAAGCAGAACUACAUGAAUGCAGAACUACACUUUGACUUAAAAUCUAAAGAACAAGCAGAACUACACAAAAGCGAAGGUGUCUCUAACAUGGAGGACAUGGAACUCCCUAGACAUGAAAAGAAGCUUCUUUCAAAGAGUAGUCAUAGCCAUGAGCAGUUGGAGAAAGAGGUUGACCUCCCUUUGGAAGACAAAUUACAUGAUGUUCUGUCCUGUGCGAGUCAGUUGGUAGUUCAAGAACCAGAGCCCAUAAUCCAUCAUAGCAUGCAUAGAAGUUUAAUAAAGAGAGAUAAUAUUUCCAAUACAAUGCCAGAUGCCGUGGUACAAGAUGAAGAACAAGUCACUAGUAAUGUUUUGACUUCUAAUGAAAGCUUUUUGCUACAGCAAAAAGAUGCCAAGACUUCCAACGAUACAAGACAUUCUGGAGAAUUCAAGGAACACAAUUGUGUCAAGACUGCAGGAGCAAAUGACAAUGCUGUUGGUUAUGACAAACAAGGAGAUGCUGCACAAGCGGAUGUAUUGAAUGGGAAUCCCUUGGCCAAUUGCAGCGUCAGUACCCCAAGUAUUUUAGGGGUAGUUAAUCGGCAGUUAGAGGGGGAACAAAUCAGUAUUCCAAAUCAUAGUAUAAUAGGAGAAAUUAGUUCAGAAAUUGAAAAUGAAUCCCAGCGAAAUACUUCGGAGGUCAUUUGUGUGAUAACUGUAUCCUCCAAACAUCCCCUUGAGAAGUCUGUACCAGAAAUUCGUGUUGGUUGUGAAAGUCAACCAAAAGUAGUUGAAAGUGAAGGCCGCCAGCAUUCACUCAAUGAUCAAUCAGGUUCCAUUCCAGGAUCAGUGGAUGAAGCAAGCCACCAGAUUGUUGAUUCAAAAGCAAUGGAUAAUAGCACUCAACCAAUUGAACUGGAUAGGAUGUGUGAUGAUUGCAUAGCUGUUUCAAGAGUUUGUGACGGUGAGGUAAAAAAUGUAUCUCCAGGAAGCAGAACAAUUUGUGAGAAUAAUACAGAAAAUAUUCACUUUGUGAAAGCUGACUGUGACUCAAGGGCAAAUGAUAUGUUGAUUAAUGACUACUGCAACAUGUCUGAAUGGCAGCUUAGUGAUGAUGAUUCUUCAAUGGAUACCUCUAUGAGCUAUGAUGAUCAGUAUGAUGUCUCAGGAAACUUUGAGCAGCAUGCUAAUAUACUUCCUGAAUGGCAGCUUGGAGAUGAUGGUUCUUCUAGGCACACUUCAACACAAUUAGAUGAUCACCAUGAUGUCCCAGGAAAUUUUGAGCAACGAGCUGAUUCACGUUCAGAUUCUGAAACAAACAAAAUGGUUUGUGAAGAUGAGAGUUUGGUGAAAACUGACGGUCACUUGCUUGAUGAGAAUGAAGUUUGUGGUGUGACCAAAGAUUUCAUUUCAAACACCAAAAACUCUAUUUGUAGUGGAUCUGAAAACCCCUCUCGCUUUUUGCAACUCAUUGUACCAGCUCAGUCGGUCACGGAAUUAGAUCACACUAUGAGCAAGAGUGAGAAAUCACUUGCGAAAGAUGUACAGCCCCUGAACUUUGCUGAAAAUCCUGAGGUUUAUAAUUGCAACAGUGAACAGUGUCUUUCAGUUGCCAAUGAUCAGCUUCCGUCGGUGGGUGAUAUUGACAAUAAUGAAAAAUCUCAUCUUUCAGAACUGCAGGGGACUACUGUUGUUUAUGCGAAUUCGCAGCAUGUUAAUAACAUAAUGCACUUGGAGGGUGAUGGGGAGACAACAAAUGCUGCUUACUCUGAAGAAAUCAAGAACCAAAAUCUAUUUGAGGGUGCAUCAAAAGGAAGCAUUAUCUCUACAAGUGAAAGCAACUAUUCAAAUCAUCAUACACAACCAAUGCCAGAGUACAAAGAUGGAAAUCUUGAAGCGGAUGACAGCUUAGAAUGCCUGCAAAUGGGUAAUAUGAAAGUUUGUUCCACUGACAUAUUGCCAACAGAAGUUCAAUUCAAUGAUCAAGUUGUGUCUGCUGAGUUUGAUUCCUUCAUAAAAAGCAGUGAAGAUAUCACCGAAGAGGUAGUUACUUGCCAAUCCGAUGUGCAUUGUUCUUCUAGUGAAAAUUCGAAGUUACCAGCUUCAGAUAAUGAGCCCUUUCGCACAAGAAUCCCACAAGGGAGCGAAGUUAGUUCCCAGGAAGCGAAAAAUAACGUUCUUGAGGAUCAUGAGUUCACUAAUAUUGACACUCAGAAUCAGACAACUGGCGGCCUUCAUUUAGCAGAAGAAAGCAGCAAAAUAACUCAUCACGAGAAAUCUGCGACGAAAAGCAAGCCGGAAGUCCCUUCUGUGAAGAUUCCACCAAAUGUUGCUCCGUUUUCUGAUGAAUGGUUAGCUGCAAUUGAAGCUGCUGGAGAGGAGAUUCUGACAAUGAAAGGCGGGGCAGUACAAAAUUCUCCCCCUGAGAAGCCUCAGCAUGAACCAAGUCCUUGGUCCCCGGUUCGUAAACAUCAAGCCAUUGGACCGUAUGAUUGUACGAAACACACUAAUAUCCCACAUUCCGAUUCCUCAUGACAAAAACUCUGAUUUGUGAUUUGAUCUUACAAUAUCUUCAAUCACUAACUUUUUCUUCGUUGCUGGUCUCUUUAACUAAAGACACGUUGUAUGGAGCAAGGAGCGAUGCUCCAUGAAAAUGUUUUCAAAGAGCAAAAAAGAUUUAAAAAAAUAAUUAGCUUAUUUUCACUAACUGUAAAUGAUAUCUGUUAUACUUGGUUUUACAAUUGUAUAAUGAUUCAUUUUACGAUUUUCCACUAUGUGUAGGAUAUGACUAACAAACUGAAUAAUGAUCCUUCGCAGAUUUACGAAGAUCUAAUGUCAACGCUUCA